AUGAUUAUAAGAGUCCAAGGGAGAGACAGAACAAUGCGAAUUGAGGUUUCCGGGGCCACGACAGCGGAGGAGAUCAAGCAGAAGAUUGACAAAAGAACAGGCAGCCAGUGCUCUGCCCUUUUGCGCAACGGGGAGGAGCUGCGCGGAAGCGUGGAGGAAAACAGCCUGGAGAACGGAGAGAUGCUUACAGCAGAGUAUGAGGUUGUCCGGCCAGACAGCUCCGCGCCUGAAGAAGGCGCCGCAAAGGAGGCCUCCCCGAAAAACACAGCGUGCCAGCACGGGCCGUCUGGAAUGUGUGCAAACUGCAUGGCGGAGGACUCCUGGGUCUCGACCCAGUUCAAGGAGCGCCGCUCCAUCUCGCAGGGCGCGUACGAAGACUACUUGCGGUCAAAGGAAAAGAUUCUUCGAGUUGAAACACAUUUGCCAGACCCGUGCAGAUCGCACAAAGCAGAGCACAGAUGCAACAACUGCAUGCCAAAGGAGAUAUUUCUGGCCCGGCAGCCGUUUCGUCCCGUGGACCAUGUCGAGGUGCACGACAAAGCCAUUUUCGAGCAGAUACUGAUGGAGCAGAGGGAGAAGGGCGCGCAGAGUGUGCACUUUCUUGUUGGAAGAUACUCUGAGUACACAGAGGUGCCUGGCGGGAGGAGGGCAGAGGUGUUUGGGCGGGUUACGCCGCAGCAGAGGUCUCUGGCAAACGGAUUUAUAGUAGACCCAAGCGACCGCAUUCUCAACAGGAGCGACUCUUCUUUAAACCGGGUGCUGGCUCUUUUGAAGAUGGAGAUUGUGGGGAUGGUGUACACGCGGAUAAGCGAGGACCCGGUUCCUUUUGUCAGCGCGUUUGAGGUGGACUUCAUGGCCAAGAUGCAGAACGUGUUUUCAGAGUGGGAAGGGGGCGAGAGAAAGGGGUCUAAGUUUGUCUCGCUGGUGCUGGCGGGGACCAAAACGUCCUCCGAAAUCAUUGAGUUUAUGGCCACGCACCUGGGAAUGGAGCUGGCCAUGGACGGGAUUCUGCAGGCGUCCUCAAAUCCUGCGGAGAUGGCUGUGCGCUCCAUAGACGUUGUCUGGCGGGACAAAGAGGGGUCCCACACGGGAAACCGGAUGCCUGUGGAGUAUCUGGUGGUGAGGCCAACGCACGGGCUCACGCAGAACAGGAAAAUAUUUAGCAUAGACACCGAAAGAGAGCAGUUUAGGCGCGGCACCGGGCUAAGCAAGCUGAAAAAGCACUUCCAGAAAAAGCUCACAGAGAACUCGGUGUGCAAGCUGAGCCUGGGCGCUGUGUCAGAUCUGAACGUGCUUUUGGAGCUGGAAGACCUGGGGCUUCUCCAAGACGAGCUCGUAGAGUGCGUGGUGCAGCAGGACGGCGAAAAGUUCAACGACUGUGUGCUAAAUAAUAAAUUCAAAGAGCUUGUAGACAUUGCAAAGGAUUGUAAAAUGUGCGCAGAGUGGGACUGCAAUGUGUGCACUCUGCGAAACGCCCCAACUGCAGCAAUAUGCAAUGCCUGCGGGUUUGAAAAGGGGUCGUACUAA